AACACACGACAUGUUCUAUUGAAAAUUCUAUAUCUUGGCUGGGAUUAUGAUGGUCUGGCAGUGCAAGAGGACACAGUAAGAACCAUCGAAUUUGCUCUUUUCAAGGCUUUACAUCAAACUAAACUCGUUGAAUCUAGAUCAACUUCCAAUUACCAUAGAUGUGGUAGAACUGACAAAGGAGUUAGCGCUUUUUGCCAGGUUAUCUCGAUUGAUCUCAGAAGCAAUUUACUAUGCGGAGAUGGUGUGAAGGUGAGAUCCGACGGAACUGCACACGAACGAAAGGGUGACACAACAACUGAACUGAGCUAUGUACACAUGCUUAACAAGGUUCUACCGUCAGAUAUAAGAGUCAUUGCUUGGACACCUGUCCGAGAUGAUUUCAGUGCAAGGUUUGAUUGUAAACAGAGGACUUAUAGAUAUUUUUUUCCUAAAGGAACUCUCAACAUCAAGAAAAUGAGAAUAGCAAGCAGUUACCUAAUAGGCCAGCAUGAUUUCAGAAACCUCUGCAAGAUGGACGUGGCAAAUGGCGUCGUUAAUUUUGUAAGAAAUAUAUCUGACGUUCGAUUGGCCCCCUUUUCAUCCAAUCAACGCCUGCCAUCUCCAAUCAAAAAGUCAUCUUCAUCUACAACGACAAUGGAAGAUAAUUCAACAACAACAACUGACCAAACUGACCAAUCAUACAACAUGUAUGUCUUGACCAUAGUCAGCCAAGCCUUCCUAUGGCAUCAGAUCAGAUGUAUCAUGGCUGUGCUGCUAUUGGUUGGGGAGGAGGCUGAAGAACCGGAAAUAGUUAAGGAUCUGCUCGAUGUUUCUACCUACCCAAACAAGCCUCAAUAUUCCAUGGCUUCAGAAAUUCCUCUGGUGUUAUACGAGUGUGAAUACGAUGAUAUCACCUGGAUCAUAGACGAAGUGAAUAUGCAGGAGACGGUAUCAACCCUUCAGUCCAAAUGGUCUGAGAUGUCAAUCAAAUCAACAAUGUUAAGAGCGAUGCUGGAAGAUAUCAGCAGUACAGCAAAUGUGUGCAUAACUUCACAAAGCAAUAUGCUGCUGCCAGGAAACAAGCCAAAAGUGUAUAAACCCCUUCUAUCUAGGCCUACUUGUGAAAGCUUAGAAGACCGCAUUAACUACCAUAAUAGGAAAAGAAAGUUGAAAACUCUUUGUGAAUCUGACUGACUGAUUCGUGUUUUCUAAUUUAAUUAUUUUAAAACGAAUAAAUGAAUAAAUAGUAAUAUUUAUCAUUAUUAUUAAUUAUUAUUAUUAUUAUUUUAGCUGAAGUUUUGAAUAGAUACGUAAUACACCGUCUUGAACA